AUGGCCGCUAAUUUCGCGGCUAAGAGGCUAGGAAAGGAGCUGGGCAAGAUCAACAACAGCCUCCCGCCCGGCAUCGAGCUCGUUUCCGCGGAUAAUUUCGAAGAAUGGUUCCUCGAUAUCAAGGUUUUGGAUGAAAACCCGCUUUAUAAAGACGAGACCUACCGCCUCAAAUUCAAGUUCUCGGCGUCGUAUCCUAUCGAACCUCCCGAGGUCACCUUUGUGAAGCUCCCCGAUCGACCGAUACCGAUCCACCCUCAUAUCUACUCCAAUGGCAUCAUCUGCUUGGAUCUACUAGGUCAGCAAGGAUGGAGUCCUGUUCAAAACGUUGAGAGUGUUUGCAUGAGCCUCCAGAGCAUGUUGACCGGCAACACCAAAAACGAGCGCCCCCUGGAGACGAAGAGUUUGUGCGAGGCAAUCGCCUGCGGCCCCGCGACAUCGACUUCUACUACCAUGACAAUACUGUCUAGAUAUUACACAAAGGGCGGUCGAGCACCAAAGAUAUACCGAGAAGACAUAAGCUGA